AUGUUCGUACGUAAAUACAAAAAUUUAGGAUUAUUGAUAAUUUUAUUAUCUGUUAUCAAUACUUCCUCCCAUCCAUAUCCUAUACAUGAAGAAUCGUAUCGUACAUAUCCCAUACAUAGCGUAUCGUUUAAUCCACGAGGAGCUGAUGUUAUAAGUGCAAUAUGCAUUCAUUGGUACGAUUAUACUCAACAAGAGAAAUGGACUGAUUGCAACAUAAAAAUUCGAAGCCCAACAUCAUAUACAUCUCCGGAUUGGUCAAUAGGAUAUAAACUCUCUAUUCAUACAUUAUUUGGUACAUUCCAUAUAGAUCCAAUUUUGUGGUGGGAUGGCUGGGUAGGGGGAAAGUAUUGUAACGAUAUACAUCUUUAUUUUAAAGAAGGUGGUACGGAUCUUGUACUAGCUUUUAAAUUAUAUAUAGUUUACGAUAAUAAAUGUUUCUGGGAUAAAUAA